GGGGCAUUUGCUCAAAGCACAUCAUAAUAUUCAUACGUACAGACAGAAGACAGAUAACAGCUAUCAGUGGUAGUGUCAGAAGAGAAUGUCUUUCGUGGAGCCGUUUCGUAUCAAAAUGGUGGAACGUUUACCAACUAUUACCAAAGAAGAAAGAAAAAGCACCUUAAAGGACAACAAUUUCAACCCAUUGAAGCUGAAAGAUGACGAAGUAUGCCUUUGACCUGUGGUCGGAUACUGGUACAGUAUCGAUGAGUGAACAUCAGUGGGCCAGCAUGUUUGAGGCACAUGAGGGUUCCUAUAAUCCUACCAGUUUCGAUAAUAUGAUCCAAAACGUGGCAUCUCUAACAGGUUUUCCUCAUGAACAGAUAUAUCCUGUUCAUGAAAGAAGAGCGUCAGAACACACUCUGUUCUCCAUUUUCGCAAUGCCAAAGUUAGCCAUAUUCAGUAACUAUUUGCAUCCCGGAGCUCAUAAAAUCGCCAGAAUGUUAGGAGCUACAGUAAGAAAUCUUCCUUGCAAAUUUAUCAUUGACGGCUGUUUUAAUGGUGACCUUGAUUGUGAAAAGUUGGGGACGGAAUUAACCAGUAAUUAUCCUGGAAAUGCCGUGGUUAUCUUGAUAGUUACAAGUGAUGGUCAAAACGGCCAGCCUGUAUCUAUGGCCAACAUAAAACGCGUCUCUCAAAUUUGCAAGAAAUGGGAUAUCCCUCUGUUCAUGGAUGGAAGUCGUUUCGCCGAAAAUGCCUAUUUCAUCAAAUUAAGAGACGAGUUGUAUGUGAAUAGUUCAGCAAGAGAUAUAGCUACAGAGAUGUUUUCCUAUUGUGAUGGCUUGUAUCUGGCAGCACACAUGUGCAGUAUCGGGGGUUUCUUUGCUUGUAGAAGUGGGGACCUUUUUAGACAAUUUAGAUACAGAUUUUCCGUAACUGGUAGCACCAGAAGACAUGGUGGAAUGCCUUCUAGAGAUGCUGUCACUGUUACAAUGGGACUGGCAGAAGGGAUUGAAGAUCGCUACCUAAAGUACAGAAUUGAAAGUUUGUCGAUGUUUGGUGACAUCUUGAAGAAAGCCGGUGUCCCAAUAGUUGAGCCAGUAGGAAGCGCCAUCUACAUCAACGCUGCUAGAUGUUUGCCGCACAUUCCCACAGAGCAGUAUCCAGCGUGGGCCCUGCACUGUGCCCUGUACAUAGAGGGCGGUAUACGAUGUUCACACCUUCCAGAACAGCUGGAUGUCGAAAACAAUAAUCAAGACAAUCCUCAACACUUCCUACGAGUCUGUCUUCCGAUACGGUCUUACACCCUUUCUCACCUGUUGUACAUCGGAGAGGUGUUUAAGUCUGUAUUGGCAGGAAAGGAACGUAUUUUAGGGUUAUGCUUGACGCAGAAUGCGACAAAUCUCGAGUCUAUAUCAUUUGACAGAGUUGGUUCCGGCCAAGCCAAACGUGUCACUCAGAAACUGCAGGAGCUACGCUAACCUGGAGAGUAGAGUUCUUGAUAUUUCAUUUACACGUAAUACCUUUGGGGAUCGGGAAUCCAUAAAACCUAGGUAACCUAGGUAACAGUCUCAGUCAAAGGAUCGUUUUCCAAGCUGUCCCACAAUAUAUUGUUUUUUUCUUCCUGAUAACAGUUUACAUGAUACAUGUAUAGUAUUGUCAUUGUGCUUACGGGUUUUUUGUGUGUAAAACAAUAAAAUAAGGAAAUAAGAAAA